AGAUAGUAAUUUUCCAAGUGCGCAUCUGCAUCACUAGUGAAACAUAUCCUAAAACCCUAGCUCCCGAGAUCAUCUUCGACUUAUAGCUGGCUCCUGUCUUCUAAAACCUCAGUGACUGCAAAAAUGGUUCGAAGCGUCAAAAACCCUAAAAAGGCGAAGAGAAAUAAGAAGGACUCAAAAAAAGGAGGUGGGUCGUCUUCUUCCUCAUCAAUACCAUCCAUGCCCACAAAGGUGUGGCAACCAGGAGUGGACAAGCUUGAGGAAGGCGAGGAGCUCGAAUGUGAUCUCUCUGCCUAUAAUUCUCUCCACGCUUUUCACAUUGGCUGGCCCUGUUUGAGUUUUGAUAUAGUACGUGACUCAUUGGGUUUGCUUCGGACAGAAUUUCCCCACACAGUGUAUUUUGUUGCAGGGACUCAGGCAGAAAAAGCUUCUUGGAACACUAUUGGAAUAUUUAAAGUAUCUAAUAUUUCUGGUAAAAGACGUAAUUUGGUGCCUAAUAAAGCUACUGAUGGUGACUCUGACAUGGAUGCUGAUAGUAGUGAUAGUGAUGAAGAGAGUGAGGAUGAGGAGCAUGGUGGAUCUUUGACACCAGUUUUGCAGUUACGCAAGGUAUCUCAUGAAGGAUGUGUCAAUCGUAUACGUGCAAUGAUGCAAAAUCCCUAUAUAUGUGCAUCUUGGUCAGAUACUGGUCAUGUGCAGAUAUGGGACUUUAGUUCUCAUCUGAAUGCUUUGGCAGAGUCAGAAGCAGAAGUUACCCAGAGAGAUUCUUCAGUUUUUAAUCAGCCUCCUUUAGUUAAGUUUGGAGGGCACAAAGAUGAAGGUUAUGCUAUAGAUUGGAGUCCUCGUGUCACAGGAAGGCUGGUAUCUGGUGACUGCAAGAAUUGUAUUCACUUAUGGGAGCCUACGUCCGAUGCAACAUGGAAUGUUGGUGCUACCCCUUUUGUUGGACAUGCUGCAAGUGUAGAAGACCUACAAUGGAGCCCCACUGAAGAUGAGGUAUUUGCCUCUUGUUCUGUUGAUCGAAGUAUUGCAAUAUGGGAUAUCCGCCUGGGAAAGUCACCUGCAAUUUCAUUCAAGGCGCAUAAUGCUGAUGUGAAUGUUAUUUCAUGGAACCGGUUGGCUAGCGUUAUGUUGGCAUCUGGAAGUGAUGAUGGGACAUUUUCUAUUCGUGAUCUUAGAUUGCUAUCACAAAAUCAGGAGGAAGAUAAAUCUGUGGUGGCACAUUUUGAGUACCAUAAAUAUCCUAUAACAUCCAUUGAAUGGAGUCCACAUGAGGCGUCUUCACUGGCAGUUUCCUCAUCUGACAAUCAGUUAACAAUAUGGGAUCUUUCUUUAGAAAAGGAUGAGGAAGAAGAAGCUGAGUUUAGAGCUAAAACAAAAGAGCAAGUGAAUGCCCCAACAGACUUACCCCCUCAACUUCUGUUUGUUCAUCAGGGACAGAAAGAUUUGAAAGAACUUCAUUGGCACAGUCAGAUUCCUGGUAUGCUCGUGUCUACAGCAGCAGAUGGUUUCAACAUCUUGAUGCCUUCGAACAUUCAGAGUACGCUUCCCUCUGAAGGUGGUGCGUAAGAGUUGAAUGAUUGUGACAAGCAGAUGGUUUCAAACAUCUUGAUGCCUUAGAACAUUCAGAGUACGCUUCCCUUUGAAGGUGCGUGAGAGUUGAAUGGUUGUGACGAGUCUUCAGAUUGAUGGAUAGAGUGAUGUAUCGCCUGUUUGGUUGAUGCACUUGACCAGUUUUGAGUUUGUUCACUUUAAGGUUCUCUCUGUUCUUUUUGGUGUCUUCAAGGUUUUUAUAUACGUUUUGAUGUAUCCAAACAGAAGUUUCUACAGAAAUGCAGCUGACUUCAAUUUUGUGAUUAUCUUUUUGGCAAAUUGGAGUUCCUACAGAAAAUGUAGCUGGUUCCAGUUUUGUAUUUGUUGCUAUCUUUUUGGCAAAUUUGUAAAUUUAUUUCCUUCUAAGUUAUAGAGGAUAAGGUCUUGUGUUUUAAGUGAGGGUUUGGUGGAGUCAAGACAAGUAGAUUACAGUGUUGAGCUCAAAUUCUAUUAGAAAUUUGAGUUUAAAGAUUAAAUUUGAUUUGAGUUAUAAUUUUAUAGUCAA